GCUGCUGCUGCUGCUUCCGCCGCUCACAGCACACCGGCCGGCAGAACCGCCCCCUACCGGCACACGUGCGCCUCCAACCCGGAACUGGACCCAGGCAGACCCCGCCCCUCAAUCUGACUCACUGCUACCAAGAACAUGGCUGCCGCUGCAGAAAACUGAGGGGGAACCAGAGACAUAUAUAUCAAUGUGUGUGGAACACAUUGCUGGCUGCUGAGGAAGAAGAGGUGUAAGAGGACCACAAGAAUUGUGUUAUACAGCAUAACCGCUCCUUACAGCUGUAUGCUGCCUUAUGUCCCUAUGUAACAUCUCGGGUUCUCGGCAUGUCCUUCCUGUCCCAGCCUGACGUGGACCAUGACCAGUAUGUCUUCACCUGCAGCCUGGACAACGUCCGCAACCUCUCCAACAUCCUGAAGGCCAUCCACUUUAAAGACCAUGCGUCCUGCUUUGCCACCAGUAAUGGACUCAAAGUCACUGUAGAAAAUGCUAAAUGCCUACAAGCCAAUGCCUUCAUUCAGGCUGGGAUAUUUCAGGAGUUCAAUGUCAAGGAGGAGUCUGUGGUGUUUCGUGUAAAUCUCACCGUCCUUCUCGACUGUUUGACUAUUUUUGGCACAAGUGCCGGACCAGUUACGGCCACCGCUCUGAAGAUGUGCUAUCAGGGUUACGGGAACCCCCUCACGUUGUUCCUAGAGGAAGGAGGGGUGGUGACGGUGUGUAAAAUUAACACGCAGGAACCGGAGGAGACGCUGGACUUUGAUUUCUGUAGCACCAAUGUCCUCAAUAAAAUCAUAUUGCAGUCAGAGGGACUAAAAGAAGCUUUCUCGGAGCUGGACAUGAGCAGUGACUUUCUGCAGAUCACCAUGUCUCCGGAGAAACCAUACUUCAGGUUGUCCACAUUCGGUAAUGCCGGAAGCGCCCACUUGGACUAUCCAAAGGAUUCUGAUCUCAUUGAAGCAUUUCACUGCACUCAGAGUCAGACCAACAGAUAUAAAAUCUCUUUGCUGAAGCCGUCUACUAAAGCACUGGCCCUGUCCUGCAAGGUGUCUAUCCGGACUGACAACAGAGGCUUCCUCUCGCUGCAGUACAUGGUCAGAAAUGAGGAUGGACAGAUCAACUUUGUGGAAUAUUACUGCUGCCCGGAUGAGGAUGUGGAAGCAGCAGAUUCAUAGAUUUGUCUCCUCCUCCUUCCCCUCAUACGGCUUCCAGGCUCCUCCUUCCUCAUAUACGGCUCCUUCUUCCUCUCAUACGGCUCUCCGGCUCCUCCUUCCUCUCAUACGGCUCUCCGACUGCUCCUUCCCCUCAUACGGCUCCCAGGCUCCUCCUUCCUCAUAUACAGCUCCCAGGCUCCUUCUUCCUUUCAUAUGGCUCCCAGGCUCCUUCUUCCUCUCAUACGGCUCUCCGGCUCCUCCUUCCUCUCAUACGGCUCUCCGGCUCCUCCUUCCUCUCAUACGGCUCUCUGGCUCCUCCUUCCUCUCAUACAGCUCUCCGGCUCCUCCUUCCUGUCAUGCGGCUCCCAGGCUCCUCCUUCCUCUCAUACGGCUCUCCGUCAACUCCUGUCUUGCAUCUUAUACACUCUCUACUGUGUCUAGUCUGAGGCCUCUUUAGAGUCUUCAUCUCUAGAUGGACAGAUCUACACAGACAUCAGCAUAUCAUGGGCACAAUCGCUGCAUCAUCUGUCCGAUAUCAGCCAAUUGGACUCCCUAGCAGGAAACACUGCUUAGGAUAGCAUAUACCCAGCCCAUUAAAGACUGUAUGUAGAAAUGUAUCAGUCAGAUACAGUCUGUUAGAGAGUGUAUCUUACCAAAUUAUAUAUAGGAUAGGGGGUUAUACUUACAAAUAUAAUACCUCUGGGUAACAAAAAUGAAAUAAAAAAAACCCACAUGUGUGACCCUAUGACCAACACACACAUUUGUGGGCUGAAUAAACAUUUACGUUACAAGUAUUACAUAUUGAUGUAACAUGGGAUCAUUUCAAUUUAUUGGGUGUAAUUUAUAAAGAUGCAAUCCUUAGGUAUAACAGUAUGUUAAUUGCCAUAAUGAGCUCUGAGGUAUAUAUAACUUCCAGUAAGUGACACCUCAGGAUUAUAGUGAGGUCCAGUGCACUUACAUAGUGUCUGAUUCCCAAACUCCUGGGACCUGAUCAUGACUACGGAAAUACGAUGUGCCCGAGCUUACAGGGAUCAGACUCUGUAAUAUAUUAGUGGGGGGGCUUUGUACAGGGACAUAGGGGUCUAUUUACUAAGCCUUGGAUAAAGUGGAUGGAGAUAAAGUACCAGCCAAUCAGCUCCUAACUGCCAUGUUACAGGCUGGGUUUGAAAAAUGACAGGAGCUGGUUGGUUGGGACUUUAUUUCCGUCCUCUUUAUCUCCAUUCAAGGCUUAGUAAAUAGACCCCAAAGUUUUGUCCCCCUGAUACCCCAAUAUGUGUUUCUCCUUUUCUAUUUUGCCUCUGAAUAUAUUUUGCAGUAUGUUUUGCGUACACUUCAGAAUAUAAAAGUGGAUAUUUUUUGUAUAAGAUUAUAUUUUUGUUCCAAUAAAGAUUUCAUAAAACUUU